AUGCCUCCAGCAAAGAAGCAGAAGACGAGUGAGGCAUCGAGUGCUCCAACUCAAGAGGCCGAGUCCAGCUCCGCAACUCCGCAUAAAGGCGACUCUGACUCUCCCAAACUGCGUGAUUCCAGAACUAUCCCGCUCUAUGAAUACAUCUGCAUGCACCGUCCGCACUUUGACUAUGAGGUUGAGAUCCGCAUAGCAGGGGGAGACCUCGACGACGUGCACGAAAAGUACCAGAAGCAACUUGAGGAAGACUCCAAGAAAGGAAUCGUUCUCGAGCCCGCGAAAGACCAUCCUGAUUGGAAAUGGACUAUCGCUUGGGAGGGCUUCAAGACGUGUCUGGACUACCGGAGGCGCGCGAACUAUUGCGAUCCUGACAGAUUCAGCAUGUAUAUAUACAACGACUUCAACGGAUAUGGGCUGCAGGAGCUCAUGGAGAAUAUUAUUGUCUCCUUCGACGGCGCCCUUAAGAAGAAAGAUGACGACGCUCUCAAUCGAACCUGGGCCCUGAUCAGCGGCCUCAGUCUCUGGUUGAACGAAACGGAUAUGGGCCCGUUCAUCGGCAACGAAGACGGCGAGAGAGUACAAGCCCUAACCGGACUAAUGGGCUACGCUCUCCUCCGCGGCCUCGCCGCCAUCGACAAAGCCUCCCAACUGAAACCCGACUCCGACUUCCCAGACCUCCCCAUAGUCAUCUCCUCCUUCCUUGAGUGGUCCAAAGACCUCCCCGACUACGGUAUCGAAGGCGACGCCGUCUCCUGGCGCCCCCACGCUGCAGCAUACUUCAAGAAAGGCAAAUUCGACGCCAACAAGGGCGUUACCAGUACCGCCAAGCUUCUGGAAGAGCUGGAAGAAGAAGGCGAAGUCAACGAAGGCGAGCUGCCUAACGCGUCGACCAAGGAUCCCUGGGGGUGGGCCAAGCGACUGAAGGAAUACAAGAGAGAGCAUGGCCCGAAGAUUGGGGGCACCAACUAUGAUAUUACCUUGAUGUCGAGGAAGGAGAGGGCUAAGCAUGCAUUUAAGGGAGUGGAUCCGCUGAAAGAUGUUUCUGAGAAGGAUCUUAAGGAGGGGAAUCUUGAUUUUGCUUAGAAGCGGUUGGGAUUGUGAAAUUGUUGGGGUUGGGGUUGAUUUGUUGCUUCAGUGAUACUACUGCUUCGCUCGGAUCGACUUUACAUGGAGAUGAACGUAAUGCUGUUCAAAAUAUGCAAAAAGAGCAAGACCAUGUAUGUCGAAAAACACAAAAGGUGACCCCAAUCAGAGAUCUACAAGGAAGAUAUACAGCAAAGCAGUCACUCGCCCGCAAAGGGCGAAACCGUUUGGAUUGAACAUAUCUAAAACUGCGCCUCUAGUGUGUAUACCCAACC